AAACGAACAUUCCAAGUGGAGCCGCCACCGCCUCCUUCUCUCACGGUACACGGCACUCGAUUGACAGCUAGCUAUCCGGCUAGCUACAGGGGAGAGGGCCAGCCAAACUGGACAUAGGGCGAUGCGUGAACGACUUUCACGCCAAAGAUGAGGCAACAAGUUUUACUUGGAUUGAACGAGUAGCAGACGUCAUAUCUGAAUGUUGACCCGGGGCACAGAUCAGCCAAGCUGACGUCCCGGGGCCGCCCAAGUCAGGCAGACAGCCAACCGCAGGAAGGAAACUUCUGGAAGAAGCGGAUCUCCGGUUUCGUCUUCAGCGCCUCUGCCUAGCACAACGGGCGCUUCGGUCCAAGCUACUCAGGUGAAAGGCAACUACCGAACUACUAGUGCCAGACCCGCGGACCAAUAGCUCCGGAGGUUGUUCCACUUGUCGACGCCUGUAAAUCAUGGACGUCCUGGCUUUAGAAGCAAAGAAUGCAAAUGGGACAGAGCCCGAGAAGAAGUCUUCAUCCAGGCCCAGGCCCAAACCACCAAAAAAGCCCAAGAGAAUUGUUUACUUUGAGGUGGAGAUCGUGGAUGUGAAGACUAAGGAGAAACUGCUUCUGCUUGAUAAGGUGGAGCCAACUGCAACUAUACUGGAUAUUAAGGCUUUGUUCCACAAAUCAUAUAAGAAGUGGUACCCAGCCAGACAGUCACUACGUUUGGAUCCAAAGACAAAAUGUCUCAGGGAUGACGAAAUACUCCAGACACUUCCUGUGGGAACUACAGCGAGCUUCUACUUCAGCGACCUUGGACCACAACUCACGUGGGGGACUGUGUUCCUAGCCGAGUGUGUGGGUCCUCUGGUCAUCUAUUUAAUGUUCUACUUUCGCCUCCCCUUCAUCUACGCUCCUAAAUAUGACUUCACUGCCAGCAAGAACUGGGUCGUUCAGUCAGUUUCCGCUAGCAUCUGUCACUCUUUACAUUACAUCAAAAGGAUUCUGGAGACGUUAUUUGUCCACCGCAUCUCGCAAGGGACUAUGCCUCUCCGGAACAUAUUUAAGAAUUGUGGCUUCUAUUGGUGUGCCGCAGCCUGGAUGGCAUACUACAUCAACCACCCGCUCUACACGCCACCACUAUAUGGGCAGCAGCAGGUGAAUGUCGGGCUUUACACUUUCUUGUUUUGCCAAUUUGGGAAUUUCUCCAUCCACGUCGCGCUUCGUAAUCUCAAACAACCAGGAUCAAAAGUGAAGAAAAUUCCUUACCCAACAAAGAACCCUUUCACGUGGAUUUUCUGGCUGGUGUCCUGUCCAAACUACACAUAUGAGGUGGGCUCCUGGCUAGGCUUCAGCGUGAUGACACAGUGCCUGCCUGUGGCUCUCUUCACGCUGGCCGCCUUCGUGCAGAUGAGCGUGUGGGCCCGAGGCAAACACCGUGGCUACUUGAAGGAGUUCAAGGACUAUCCCACCCUGCGCUCUCCCAUACUGCCGUUCAUCCUUUAGAACGCUACGUCCAGGGGUGGCAGGAACAUUUUCCUACUAGGGGCCAUUUCUGUUCGAGUCCUCCUGGGACUGUACGAAAUGUAUGCAAAAAAAUAAUAUAUAUGAAGCAACAAAACAUUUAUUAUUAAACAUGAGCAGUUCAUGUCUUUUUUUUUUUUUUUUUUUUUUUUACAACAGUUCAGUUUGUUUUGACAUUUGCAUGGCCGUCCGUACACUGCCACUGGAUGGAUUCUCACCAUUUGGAGUGAGCAAAGCUUGGCUGCUUAAAGUCUUAAUUUGAAAGUUUUUUUUUUGUUAUUAUUAUUAUUUUGCUCCGUUACUCUGUCUUGAAAGUGUUUCUAAAUGUCAUUUGUCUUCUACUGCUGUCAGGGUUUUCCCCAACACAUACAGUCAUAAGUGUAUUCCAGGUUAAAAGGGUUGACGUUCUGAUUACUUGUCAGCCCAGUAAGGUAUCCAG